AUGAAACUCCACGCUGCAGCUAUCCUCGUCAUCUUCUGGCUUGGUGUCCUCCCUGUGCACACAGUGGAAGGGAGUGCCUCAAGUCAGUCCAUGCGCAAAAUCAGUUGUGUAGAUCUGUCUACACAACAACUGAAUAUCCGAAACCUUAUCAGCUAUGAAAAACAACAAACUCCAGUCAAAGCCAUCAUGUUUAUCACCAAAAAAGGUAUCAGGAUCUGUGUGAGCCCAAAUCAGAAAUGGGUGCAGACUGCUAUGAAGAAAAUAGACCAAAAACGUACUACCAAACGCAGAUAA